AUGGCCAUUUUCGACCUCCUCAUCAAAACCCGCCCCGCCGCCCACAACCCCCGCCGCCUACUCUUCCCCGCUGCCGCCGCCCACUUCUCCACCUCCUUCCUCGUCACCAAAACCCCGAAAAAAUUCCACAAAAAACGCAAAAAACACGAGAGCCCCCGGACCCAGACCGUCCAGACCCAGCCCAACCUCAUCCCUUACCUCGAAUCCCUCCUCCGCCGCGACUCCCAUUUCCGAUUCCUCACCAAAACCAAGGAUUACCUCUCCAAACAGUCCCACCAAAUCCUCUGCCUCGACGACGCCGGCAAGCUCCACCAGCAGCUCGGCUUCCCCCGCGACCGCAAAGUCCUCAAAGCCAUCUUCCGCCACCCCCUCAUCUUCCAGACCUACCGCCACACCGACAACAAGAUGUGGCUAGGGUUUACAGACCUCAUGGACCGGCUGCUAAUAGAGGAACGGCAAAUCGCCGACGAAAUGGAGCCCCAAAGGGUCGCCGUCGUCCGUAAACUACUGAUGAUGUCCGCUAACAAGAGAAUCCCCCUUAGCAAAAUCUACCACAACCGUGCCCUGUUCGGAAUUCCAGAGGAUUUCAGGGACCGGGUUGCAAAUUAUCCAGAUUUCUUCCGAAUCAUCGUCGAGGAAGAUGGCAAGCGCAUUCUUGAAUUAGUCGAUUGGGACAGCUCGUUGGCCGUGAGUUCUUUAGAGAAGGAGUUCAUGGCCGACGAGGAUAAGGCGAAACGAGCUUUUCGGUCUCCCUUAAAACACGUGAAGUCAUUGGAGCUCGAUUUAGAUGACGAGCGAAAGUUGAACGUGCUAAACUCAUUGCCUUUGGUCUCGCCUUACUCGGACGGGAAAAAGCUCGAUUCUUGGACUUUGAAAGCUGAGAAAUAUCGAUGUGGGGUCGUGCACGAGUUCUUGAGCUUGACAUUGGAAAAAAGGGCUUACAUUCACAACAUUGUGGAGUUUAAGGAUGAGUUGAGCCUCACGAGACGUACGUACGAAAUGCUCUUGAAGCAACCGAGCACGUUUUACUUAGGUGGGACGAAGAUGAAUUGGUGUGUUUUCUUGAAAGAUUGUUAUAAUGAGGAUGGUGAGCUCGUCGGCAAGGAUCCACAAGUGGAGUUUAACGAGAGGCUUUAUGAGUACGCGGGAAUGGAAGAAUUGGAGUCGGACGAUUGA